AUGAUAGACCGCGCAACUGCAACGCUGGCGUACCCGAAUCCGCGUCAGCGAGACGGAUCGUUCUCGAAAGAUCGGCGAUACAUGAAACUGCUGCUUAUCGGGUCCGGCGGGCGUGAGCACGCCCUUGCCUGGGCUUUGGCGAAAUCCCCGAAACUGACCAAGCUUUACGCCGCUCCCGGAAAUGCCGGGAUCGCCGAAAUCGCCGAUCUGACCGACCUGAAUGUUUCCGAUCAUGAUGCCGUGAUCGGGUUCUGUCGCGCAAAACAGAUCGAUCUCGUGGUUGUUGGUCCUGAAGCACCGCUUGUUGCCGGGAUUGUCGACGACCUUGAAGCAGCCGGCAUCAAGGCAUUCGGACCAAGCCGAGCCGCCGCACAGCUGGAGGGAUCCAAGGCAUUCACAAAGGGUGUGUGUGACGACGCGGCAAUUCCGACAGCCGGAUAUGGGCGUUUUGCCGAUUGCGACGCCGCACUUUCCUACGUCCGCGACCAGGGAGCACCCAUCGUCGUCAAGGCCGAUGGUCUUGCGGCCGGAAAGGGUGUCGUGGUCGCCAUGACCCUUGGUGAAGCGGAAGACGCGGUCAAGGCCUGCUUCGAAGGUUCGUUCGGGGAUGCCGGUGCCGAAGUGGUCAUAGAAGAGUUCCUGCAAGGUGAAGAAGCCAGCUUCUUCGUGCUUUCCGACGGUACCCAUGCCCUCCCCCUGGCAACCGCCCAGGAUCACAAGCGCGCCUAUGACGGCGACGAAGGACCCAAUACCGGCGGAAUGGGGGCUUACUCACCGGCACCCGUCCUGACAGGCGACCUGGUCACGCGGGUCAUGGAUCAAAUUGUCAAUCCGACGAUCAAAACCCUGGCGGACCGCGGAACCCCUUUCAAAGGCGUUCUCUAUGCCGGCCUGAUGAUCACCGCGGCUGGUCCGAAGCUGAUUGAAUACAACACCCGUUUCGGCGAUCCGGAGUGUCAGGUCUUGAUGCUGCGUCUCAAGAGCGACCUUCUGGAACUCAUGCAGCGCAGCGUUGAAGGAACAUUGGCAACUGCAAACGCCGACUGGAGCCAUGAGAGUGCACUUACCGUCGUCAUGGCCGCAAACGGAUAUCCGGCAGCAUACGAAAAGGGCACCGAAAUUCGUGGCCUCGAAAAGAUAGGAUCCGAGACGCUCGAAGUGUUUCAUGCCGGCACCAAACGCGAGGAUGAACGAUUGCUGGCAAAUGGAGGCCGGGUGCUGAAUGUGACCGCGCUCGGUGAUACGGUUCGCGACGCAAAAGCCCGCGCCUACGCGGCAGUCGGGCAGAUAGACUGGCCGGAAGGCUUUUGCCGUAACGACAUCGGCUGGCGCGCUGUUGAGCGCGAGGUAGCCGAAGGUACCGGAGACGAAUAA